AUGCCCCCCGUUUCGCGUCCCGCAAGCGGCGGUCGCUGUGUGGGGGAGAGGGAAACGGGGAAGGGAGUGGCGGUGGAUCGCUGUGGGGAGAAAGAGGGCAAGGGGGAAGGGAGUGGCUGCGGAUCGCUGUGGGAGGGAAGAGGGCAAAGGAGAAGGGAGUGGCGGCAGAACUUCAGCGACGACCGCCAGCGCACCGGCGAUCGCACCAGCGCUCGCGCGCCGCCUGCUGCUGCAAUUCGUCGCCCGCGCACUGCCCCACCAGCCGCGCCUGCGACUGCUACCGUGCUAGCUCGAGGUGGUGGGGGUGGCGGCCAGUGGGGAGGUAGCGGCCGCCGCCUCCUCCUCUCAUCCCCUGCUGCCCGUGCCCGUGCUGCCCGCCCGUGUUCCCCGUGCUUGCCCCGUGCCCGUGCCCGUUCUGUCCGCCCGUGUUCCCCGUGCCCGUGCUGUCCGUACCUGGUUGUGCCCCACCCGUCUCACCCGUGCUGUCCGUACCCGGUUGUGCCCCACCCGUCUCACCCGUGCUGUCCGUACCCGGUUGUGCCCCACCCGUCUCACCCGUGCUGUCCGUACCCGGUUGUGCCCCACCUGUCUCACCCGUGCUGUCCGUACCCGGUUGUGCCCCACCCGUCUCACCCGUGCUGUCCGUACCCGGUUGUGCCCCACCCGUCUCACCCGUGCUGUCCGUACCCGGUUGUGCCCCACCCAUGUCACCCGUGCUGCCCGUACCCGGUUGUGCCCCACCCGUCUCACCCGCGCUGUCCGUACCCGGUUGUGCCCCACCCGUCUCACCCGUGCUGUCCGUACCCGGUUGUGCCCCACCCGUCUCACCCGUGCUGUCCGUACCCGGUUGUGCCCCACCCGUCUCACCCGUGCUGUCCGUACCCGGUUGUGCCCCACCCGUUUCACCCGUUUCACCCGUGCGUCCCGUGCUUCCCGUGCUGCCCCCGUGUUCCUGUGCUGCCCCCGUGCUCCCGUGUUGCCCCGCUCUCCCCGUGCUGCCCCGUUCUGCCUGUGUCGUGCCCGUUCCCGUGCCGUGUUGCCCCGUUGAGCCCUUGUCCUGCCCCGUUCUGCCUGUGCUGCCCCGUUGUGCCCGUGUUGCCCCGUUCUGCCUGUGUUGCCCCGUUCAGCCCGUGUCCUGCCCCGUUCUGCCCGUGUUGCCCCGCUCUGCCCGUGCUGCCCCGUUCUGCCCGUUUGUGCCCUACCCGUGCUGUCCGUACCCGUUCGUGCCCCACCCGUGCUGUUAGUUCUCGCUCGUGCCCCACCCGGUCUGUGCUGCCCGGUCUCGUGCUGCCCGUCACCCCCGUGCGGCCCGUCCCGUACAGCACCUAG